GUAAGGAGUAUUGUCCAGUGCCUCCACCACCAUAUGGCUGUGGCUCCUCCCAGACGGCUAAGUAAAACAUUCCAGCCCACCUCUGGGAGUCUGCUGCUUCCCUCACACUCUCUGACAUCCAGUCAGGUUUUUACUGUAGCCCAAAGGUUCCUGAGCUGCGACAAAAUGAGAGGAUUCGUGCUGUUGCUUGCUUUGGUUUACUCUGCUACUGCUCAGCACCAAGCUCUUAUUGACUACUUGGAACGGAGGCUCCUUGCGAUUGAGGACAGAAUCUCUCUGUGGCAAGAGCAGACCACACGCUAUGCCUCCGAGCUGCGGGAGCUGAAGCAGCAGAUGGUUUCUCAGCUGGAGAGUCUUGACAAAGAGAAAGAAACCCUCAGGAUGACUCUGGACGGAGUGGGGACGAGGGUGGACCGGGUCGAACGGGAACUGGACUACCUGGAGACGCAGAACGGGGCUCAGCCGUGCGUGGACGUGGACGACAAGCUGAUAGAGCAGCAGGUGACUCUGGUUAAGGAGAAGCAGAAGGCCAAAUACUUCAAACUCACAGACUGCAGUGAUAUGAUCUCCAGCAUUAAAGCCAUGAAGAUCCUGAAGAGGGUCGGAGGGCCAAAGGGGAUGUGGACCAAAGACGCAGGCGGAGCCUCUGGGAAGGUUUACAUCUUCAAUGGGACAGCUGAGGACACCAUCAACGAGUUUUCCACGGUUCAAGACUUCACUCGCUCAGCUGGCUUUUCUCUGUCCACCGACCUGAAGAUUCCCUCGUCCUGGAAGGGAACCGGACAUGUGGUCUACAACGACCACGUGUAUUACGUGAAUCAGGAAGAGGAGAUAAAGGUGGUCAAAUUCGACACAAAAAAUAAGUCUAUUACAGACAGUGUGGUCUUUCCAGUGCAGGAUCAUGUUCCUGUGUACGGCCUGAACCCUGAGACGGUGAUGGACCUGGCCGUGGACGAGGAGGGCCUGUGGGCCAUCUUCGCCACGAGGCAAAAUGAGAGGCACAUCUCUAUGGCUAAGAUGGACAGCAACUCCCUGGACGUCGAGCAGAUGUGGGACACGAACUGCCCAAGAGAGAACGCAGAGACGGCCUUCAUCAUCUGCGGCACCCUGUAUGUGGUGUAUAACACCAAGCAGGUUGGCCGCUCGCGAGUGCAGUGUGUGUUUGACGUGAAUGACCUGGUGACUAACGAGGAGGCGCCUCUGGUUUACUUUCCGAAGCGCUACGGCUUUCAUGCCAGCCUGAAGUACAAUCCUCAGGAGCAGCUGCUCUACGCCUGGGAUGAUGGCUACCAAAUCCUCUACAAGCUUUCCAUGAAGAAGAAGUUAGAAAUCUGAGCCGAAUGAAGUAACCCAGUACUUUAAAAAAGGGUUUAUGCAAGUCAUACCUGGCCAAAGAUUGUUUAUUAUUUCAAAUAUUUGCAGUGUCUGUUUGCAUUUUUAGGUUAUCUGAAGUGAAUUUUGUAAUCUAUAAGAUUCAGCAUAUUAUUGUCAUUAAUGUUACUUGAUGAACCGUUUUCAGGCUCUGACAAAUCUUUGACUGAGAUGCAGUACACAACUCAAGCUUUGUUGAGCUUUCACAAUAAACACCUCCCACAUUA